AUGGUGCCUCGGUCUUCAUUGGUCGUCCUGGCCUUUACUGGCCUCCUCCAGCUCUCGGGCAUCACCCACGCCGCACCAGCUCCUCUUGAACCACUCCAGGGAUCAACCUCCCGGAUCUCAGACUACCCCCGCUUCCUGCCCGUAGCGGAUACCAACGGGGGAGAGAAGCGCCCAUCGCUUGAGAAUCUGCAGGUCCGCCAGGCGGGGCACCCCCGCAAGCCCAAGCCUGUAAAGGUUCUCUACCGAGGCGAUCAGAGAUCUCCGGGGCAACUAAUUAAGCUGGGAGGAAUUCCGCCCAGGUCCAAGGGACCAACAACGAACGAAACAUACAGCUUGCAAGUGCACCAUCUGGGACAGAGAAAGGUCAGCACCGCAUACGUGUCGACAACAUGGUCUUUUGGCGUCGCGGUUGGAUUCGCCACUCAAAAGGGGGGACCAAACGACCGCGCCCCCGGCUGGAUCUAUGAGAUUCACCCCUCGCCCAACAUGAUUGAUAUGGAUGAUUCCCUGUUCCAGACUUCCUACGCCAGCGAAAAGGAGUUCUCCGCCAUGGGAGGGAUCCGCUGGGACCAGAUCACGGGCUACAUGUAUUGCCCGUUGAACCUGACUGGGCAUGAUUUCACUAGGAAAGACCUCUAUAGCUACCAAUACUUUGCAUCCUUUGUCAAAAGGUUUCCUGACCAACAAUUCACCAAGAACGAGCAGUACAACAGCGCGUACGACAAAUACGAGCCUAGCCCUGGGAUGCCACAGCUCGGGGGCGGGAGCGUGGCCAAGGAAUACAAUCAGAUGACAACGGAGGAGUGGGCGAUGGACUUUAUGAACCACACUGGCGCUCCUGUUGGCUGGAAGGGUGCCUUCCCCCUGAAUUUUACUGCAAUUCCCGACUUUGGCGAUAACAAGGUGACGCCAGUUGUUGCUGUUCCCCCGAGGAAGAUGCUUUAA